AUGAGUCUAUUCAAGAUCCCCUUCAUCCUAGUUUCGGCCAUUGGCAUCCAUGUUUCGAUUACUGAUCCUUCUGCACCACCAUCAUCUAAAGAGAAGGUGAUGCCCUCGUCGUCCGAAUUCUUCCUUGAAUGGUUUUUGAAACUUCGCGGUACCAAGUUACUGGAGCUCAGCGCAUGGGCGGCAUCAUGUGCUGAAGUGGCUAGCAUCCUGGCUAUAAAUAUAUAUCCCUCGCAUAUUCCAGAUGGCGCUAGCGCUGUGCGGUUUUUACGCAAUCUUCGCCCUACACCAAUCACCCCUGCUUUCCUUGUUGGCAGUAUUGCCAUCGUGAUUGGUGGCGCAUUGAGGCUUUAUUGUAUGUCGACGUUGGGAAAGCUCUGGAGCUUCCACCUCAGCGUCAGAAAAGAGCACAGACUUGUGACAAGCGGGCCGUACUCAGUAGUGCGCCACCCGAGCUACACUGGUUUCCUUCUCCAAAGCACCGGGAUUGCCGUCCUGUACGGAAGUCGAGGAUCGUGGAUGAGGCAGUCUGGGAUCUUACAAAUCCCUUUCAUUGAAGUGUUAGCAAUGACUAGCUUUUCGGCAGUCAUCGCAAUAGCUGGUUAUGCUUCUAUCUACCGACCUGUGAUAGAGGACCGGAUGAUGCAGCGUGCUCUGGGAGAAGAAUGGGAGAAUUGGGCAAAGCAAGUGAAAUACCGGCUUAUUCCUGGGAUCUUUUGA